AAUUGUUCCUCAGAGAAUAGAAUAAAGACAAUUUAGUAGAUCCAAAACCCGUUUAUGUAGAGUCAAAGAGAGAGGCUCUCCAAGUCAAUGACGCGUCGCUUUUCUCUGUGGCCCAUCCCGUUCCCCUCUUUGUGACCACAAUUUCAACUCGCCCCCUCAAAGGCCGUGAAGUGUGCAAUUAGAUCCUUAUUACAAGCUCUUAAUUUACAUUUAAGGACAAAAGAGAGUAUCAAAAGAGAGAGAAAAGCCUCUUACUGAGAGAGAGAGAGAGAGAGAGAGAGAAGGGAGAGAGUAGGAGAGCUUCGCAUUUCAUCUCCUCUCCCACUACAAACCCUAACCCUAACCCUAAUCCCCAUCGAUGCAGAACCAAGUAUCCAACGGUCGAGAGUGUUCAAAUCCCCACCCACAACCCGCCUCCCCCAACGCAUCGUCGCCUUCCUCUUCCUCCUCCUCCUCCUCCACGAGCGCCGGCGCCAACAAUGGCGUCUUGGCCCCUUCCCUAACCCUAAGGCCCCCGCCGCGGCCGGUCGAGACCGCGCCCUCCACCACCUUCGUCCAAGCCGACCCCUCCUCCUUCAAGCAGGUCGUCCAGAUGCUCACCGGAUCCCCGUCCUCAUCGGCGCCGCCGCCGCAGCCUCCCUCCGCCGCCCGCGCCGCCGUGGCCCCGAAGAAGCCCGCGUUCAAGCUCUACGAGCGCCGCGGCGGCGGCGGCCUCAAGAGCCUCAAGACGAUCGGCCCCCUCCCCGCGCCCGCGCUCCGGAGCCCUAACCCUAACCCUAGCCCUAACCCUAGUUCGCCGUGGGGGCAGAGCGAUGUGCCGUCGCCGAGCAUGCUGGGGUUCCGGGCGCUGACGCUGAGCCCCGUGACGCCGCUGAGCCCCGACGGCGUCUUCAACCGCUCGCCGCGCCCCGGCCCGCCCGACUCCUUCGCCGCCGACGCCGCCGCCGCCGCCGCGGCGGAGGAGAGGGCGAUCGCCGAGAAGGGCUUCUACCUCCACCCCUCGCCGCGCGGCGCCGCCGCCGCCGCCGAGCCCCCGCCGCGCCUCCUCCCCCUCUUCCCGGUGACCUCCUCCCAACUCUCCUCUUCUCCCUGAACUACUACUCAUCACAAUUAAUUCGUGGGGUUUCUCUUUAUUAUCUUGGGAUUUUCUUUUCUCCCUUUUUUUUUCCUACUUUCUUUUUUUGGUUAGAGGUUGAUGAUUAUGUAUUUGAUUUUGCUUUUUUUGAUUUUCAUGUUUCCUACGAUUUCUAUGAUGCAAGAGAACUCAAAUUUACCAACCUUGAGAUUUGGUGGCUAUUUCCAUAAAUGGGAUUUCUUUUUGUUUGUUUUUUCUUUUGUU